UAGCUUUUGAACAAAUAUAUAAAAAAAAUAUGUAGUUUCUUGGAACCAACCAUCAUUGUCAAAUUACAAGUAGUGAGGUUUAUUUAAUAACAAAGAUACCUAACUAGUGAUACUGAUACACAGACAAAGAUGGCGGAUCACGGCGGACGACGACCGCGGCUGGUGAUGGUAGCAAGUCCACUGCAAGGUCACAUGACCCCAAUGCUUCAACUUGCUACUUACCUUCACUCCUAAAACUUCUCAAUAACCAUCGCUCACUCCGACUUCAAUCCGCCCGAUUCUUCUAACCAUCCGGAUUUAACCUUCCUCCCUCUGCCCGCCAACGUAUCCAACAUCGACACCUCGGAUGGCAUGACAAAGUUCUUCCAAGCACUUAACCAUAACUGCAAAUCUCAUCUCCACAACCACCUACUUCAGAUUAUAAAUGAACAAAAAGAGAGUUUAAAUAAGGAAUCAAUCGUUAUCUUUCACGAUAACCUCACGUUUUUCGCGGGCUCAGUUGCCGACGAGCUGGGUCUGCCUUCGAUCGUGUUGCGUGGCAGUAGUGCGGUUUUCUUCCCGGCUGUCAACAUCAUACCUCAACUCCAUCAAGAAGGUCGAUUUCCUCCACAAGACUCUUUAUUGCAGGAAGUGGUUCCAGAACUCAAUCCAUUCAGAUACAAAGAUCUACCGUUUACGAGGCGCCCAAUACAUAAAACUUUUGAACUGCUCACCAUGCUCAUCGCCAAGACACCCCCUUCUGCCUUCAUUUGGAACACGAUCGAAUAUCUCGAACAACCCAUACUCACCCAGAUCCGCCAACAAUACCAAGCUCCGGUUUUCACAAUCGGCCCACUGCACAAAAUAGUCACAACUCGCUCCACUAGCUUUCUUGAAGAGGAUACAAGUUGUAUCUCUUGGUUGGAUAAACGAGCACCCAAAUCAGUGAUUUAUGUAAGCUUAGGAAGCUUAGCAAAGUUAGAUGAAAAGGUAGCAAUUGAAAUGGCAUGUGGUCUGGUCAACAGCGACCAGCCGUUCGUAUGGGUGGUUCGACCAGGUUCGGUUCGUGGGUUUGAAUGGAUUGAGUUUUUGCCAGAAGGUUUGGCGGAUGAAAUGAAGGGGAGAGGUUUGAUUGUGAAGUGGGCACCUCAGAAGUCGGUUUUGGCACAUAAUGCGGUUGGAGGGUUUUGGAGUCAUUGUGGUUGGAACUCGACUAUGGAAGGCGUUUCUGAAGGGGUUCCGAUGUUGUGCCAACCGUUUGAUGUGGAUCAGUUGUUGAAUGCUAGGUACUUAACUGAUGUGUGGAAAAUGGGUUUUGAAGUCGUCGUGGAGAGAAGAGAGAUUGAGGGUGUAAUCAAGAGAGUUUUGGUGGAUAAAGAAGGGGAAGAAAUGAGGCAGAGAGCUAUCGAGAUUCAAGAAAAGGUUAAAGUUGCAGCUAGCGUUGGUGGUUCGUCGUAUAACUCGUUGAAGGACUUGGUAGCUUUCAUUUUGUCAUUUUAAAUUUCAAUGACUACAUUAUAAUUCAGAUGAUAAGGGGCUUUUUAUCAAUCUUUAAAGCUGUUAAAACUAUA